ACCAAACAAGUCCUUUUUUGGUUUGACUCGGUUAAACUGUUAUAGGUAAAGCUAGUAAAAGCGCCGCACAAAUAAAGUCACCUAGUUGAUCUUCAUGAUGCAGCAUUAUGGGGUAAAUGGCUAUUCUCUUCAGGCAAUGAACUCGCUGAGUGCCAUGUACAACCUCCACCAGCAGGCGGCGUUACAGGCGCCACAUGCGCAGGACUACAGGCCCUCGGUACACGCGCUCACACUUGCUGAGAGACUGGCUGACAUCAUCCUGGAGGCUCGGUAUGGCUCCCAGCACAGGAAGCAGAGGAGAAGCCGCACUGCUUUCACUGCCCAGCAGUUGGAGGCUCUGGAGAAAACCUUCCAGAAAACACACUACCCUGAUGUGGUCAUGCGGGAGCGGCUUGCCAUGUGCACCAACCUUCCUGAGGCCCGAGUACAGGUGUGGUUUAAGAACCGGCGGGCAAAGUUUCGCAAGAAGCAGCGCAGUCUGCAGAAGGAACAGCUUCACAAGCAGAAGGAGGCGGAAACAGACCGAAACCAGGAGGCGGAGAAAGGAGAAGCUUCACCUACAACCAUGUCAGAGUCUCAAACUCUUAAACCUUCUCUGUCAGAAGUGAAUCGAACCACACUUGUUUUGCAAGAUAAGAUGACUGACGAGGUGAAUGUUACCUCACCUGAGCAAUCGGGGGUGGAGUCAGGAGCAGAAGACUUGACUGACAGAGAGGAAGAGCCCCCAUGUUUCAGAGGGGAGACAAAAGAGGUGGAGUCACAGUGUCCAUUUGACAGCUCAUCAUCCUGUAAACCAAAACCAGACUCUCCACUCAGUUCACCCUCUGUGCAAUCGUCCAGUGGUGUCAGCAGUGGAUCAGCGCACAGUAACUCAUACACCUCGUCACCACUCAGUCUGUUCCGUCUGCAGGAGCAGUUUCGUCAGCACAUGGCUGCCACUAACAACCUGGUGCACUACCCAGCAUUUGACAUGCCUCCCACACACUUACCCUACCUGGGUUUGAAUGUGAACAUGGCCACACCGCUGGGCUCCCUGCAGUGCCAGCCUUAUUACCCAUCGCUGUGCCAGGCUCAGCAGGUGUGGGGCACAGGAACACUUCCCAGCCUCAACAGCAAGACAACCAGCAUUGAAAACCUGCGUUUGAGGGCCAAACAGCAUGCUGCAUCUUUAGGAUUGGACACACUACCCAACUGAGCCCAG